GUGCGGUCUAGCUGUCUCUACUCCACCCACAGUUUCUGUUUAUCUCCGGCGAACACGUGGGAGGGAAUCGGGAAGACAACUUUUAUGUAUUAUUCUUCGGUAGAAAAGCACGCGUGGUCUUGCCUCGAGAAUGAAGGUUAAAGUGCUAAGCAGGAAUCCUGACGAGUACCUGCGGGAGACCAAGCGGGACAUUCACAAAAUCCCGCGAAACUUCGAUCCCGCCUUGCAUCCCUUCCAGGCGCCCAGAGAGUACACGAAGGCGCUCAACGCCGUUAAACUGGAGAGGGUGUUCGCGAAGCCGUUUCUGGGCAGCCUGGAGGGCCACAAGGACGCGGUGUCCUGCAUGUGUAAACACCCCUCGCAGCUGUCGACCCUCCUGAGCGGCGCCUACGACGGCGAGGUGAGAGCCUGGAGCCUCAGCCAGGGCGCGUGCACGCGCGCGCUUCUCGCACACGACGGCAUCGUUCGCGGCAUCGCGUACGCGCCGGACGGCAAGCGCUUCAUCACGGUCGGCGACGACAAGACGAUCAAGACCUGGGACGCUGAGUCCGCCGGCGGAGAGGACGAGCCCGUGAAUACUAUCGCCAGCAAAACGGUGCUAACCGGUGUGUCCCACCAUCGGACCAAACCUGUGUUUGUUACCUGCGGGGAAGGAAUAUGUCAGAUGUGGGAGGAUACUCGCAACGAGCCGCUGCGCUCGUUUAAAUGGGGCGUGGAUAGUCUAAUUGAUACCAAAUUCAAUCCUGUACAGACAGAUCUUUUAGCCUCGUGCGUCAGCGAUCGCAGCAUAAUUUUGUACGACACCAGAGAGACGGGACCUUUAACAAAGAUAGUGAUGAGAUUACGGAGCAACAAGCUCUCUUGGAAUCCCAUGGAGGCUUUCGUCUUUACUUGCGCCAAUGAAGAUUACAACUUGUACACAUAUGAUAUACGCAAGUUCAAGACGCCAGUCAACGUGCACAUGGAUCACGUGGAGGCCGUGAUAGACGUGGAUUAUUCGCCGACGGGGAGAGAGUUCGUCUCGGGCAGCUACGACAAGUCGAUCCGCAUUUUCGAGGUGAAUAAAGGCCACUCGCGAGAGGUGUACCACACGCGACGCAUGCACAGGCUCACCUGCGUGGGAUGGUCGCUCGAUAACAAAUACGUGAUUAGCGGCAGCGACGAGAUGAAUCUCCGCGUAUGGAAGGCUAAAGCGUCGGAAAAAUUGGGCAUUCUGAGAGCCAGAGAAAGAAAUGCGCUGCUCGCCAAUGAUGCCUUGAAAGAGAAGUACGCGGCGCACCCGGAAGUCCGACGGAUCGCACGUCACCGACAAGUGCCGAAACACAUAUACAACGCGCGAGCCGAGAUACGGACGAUCCGCGAGAAGGGUAGACGCAAGGAGGCCAAUAGGCGUUAUCAUUCCAAGAAGGGGGCAGUACCGUACGUGUCGGAAAGGCAAAAGAACGUUGUGGGUCAAGAGAGCUGAAGCAGCACGCCCUCGUUUAUCCGACGCGAUUGUACGCGAGAUCACAUUUCAGCCUUUCUUCACCAAGUCGUUGGUUAUCAUGAAUUAUCGAUCUUCGUGCUUGUCAGAUUUGUACAGGAUGUUACGUGAUCGGCGAGUACUCUUUGUAUUAUAUUUAUUGUAAUAAAUAAUUUCUCUUGACAUUA